AUGUCCGGAACAAAUACUUCAGAGGCAGAAGCCGAAAACCGCAUCAAGGAUUACAAGAUCGUGCAACUCGCCCUAAGAUUUGAAGGUACAAGCAUAUCCUCUCGUCAUUUCGACUCUCUAGAUCCAGAUCUAUGGGGCGAACCUGUCGAUAAAUUGUCAUCCGCAGUAGCGCUCACUACCUAUGCUGUCAAGCUUCUCACAGAUUGGGAAGAAUACAAAGAACAUGGCGAAGAUCUCUUCCUGCUUUUUAAGGAAGAGUUUGCGGACUGGACAUCAGAUAUGUUCGGUAAAAUCAAAAGCGGUGUCUAUACCGGCAAGAAGACAAUACCAAUCGGUAUUGCAAUGGUAACUCUUCUGAACUGCGAAGAACUUCCAGAGUGGCCUCAAAUAAAGGAGAUAGACCUACCAGACCAAGGUCAACAGUUUCAACAGCCAAAGGUUGCACCAAAGCAAACUGCCUAUCAGUCAGUAGAAGGCCAGGCUCUCAAUUCAAUGUUGCCAACUCUAAAACAACAAUCACAACCUCCCUUCCGACCCAUUCGUUCACAGUCUCCUUACCCUUGGGAGAAUGAUCAACCACGACCAGCACCAGGUACUUUAUACCCUCAGAGACCAGCUGUCAGAGCUGUAGUAGAUUACAAAACCUUUGAUGACUAUAAUGACCUCCCACCAUGCGACGUCCAAAAUGAAAGAGUCGAUGCCAACACACAAACAUCUUUCAUCAAGCUAUGGAAUCGUAACCAAAAUUACACUGGAGAAGCGUAUGAUUUGCUGGACGACAAAGUUCGAUUCUUCUUACGAAUUUGCUACAAUCUUAGCAUCCCAGUCCAGUAUUUCCAUGGUUUGUUUUCACACAUUCUGGAUGGUGAGGCUCAAGCUUUCUAUUUAAGCUACGUGCAAAAAGACGACACCUUUUAUAAUCAAUAUACUAAGAUGAAGUAUCAUUUCGACACGGAAAUUAAUCACCAUCAAUAA